AACCAGACUCCUGAUUUCCUGUAAACCCUACCCCGACUGUUGAAGAGUAGUACAGUUCAGCAUUUUAACUCUUCAACGCUCCAUGCUUCACACAUGCCUUAACUCCAGGAUUCUAAUUUACAUUGGGAUUUAAACUGUUAGAAAUACUGAACACUUACAAAGAGCGAAUAUGAAACAGACCUAUUCUGACUCAAAACGGUGACUUUCCAGAAGCUGAAACAGUAAUAAGUUCUGCUUUCCUGUAACUUCACCUUUCUGGAGGUGUUUCACCAAACUCAAUUACCAAAGGGCUGUUUGUGACCCUCACUCUACCGAACGCAACACCGGGAUUCUUAUGUACAAAGUUAGAAUCAACGGCUAAAGUGUACUGCCAGUAGUGCUGUUGCUGUAUCUGGUGUUCUAUGAUGACAACAUCUAUUCCUGUCCCUAAGCUGCUGAUGGACAUUCUGGAAGAGCUGGGUGAAAAUGACCUGAAAAGAUUUCAGUGGUACAUGAUUCAGAACAAGUUUGAAAGCUGUCCCUCCAUCCCAUCAAGUCAACUGCAGAAUGCAAAGAAGGAGGAAAUGGUGGAUAUGCUGGUGCGGACCUAUGGAGAGAAUAUGGCUGUAGAUGUCACACUGGAUAUCCUACGUAGAAUGAAAAACAAUAAUCUUGCUGCCCAGUUAACUGAAGCUUGUAAGGAGCGUAUAAAGAUCUCUCCGUCAGUGGCACCAUCUGAGAAAAUGGCUUCCAGAUUGUCUCUCCCAGAGGAGGAUCUCUCUUGUCCUGUGUGUGGUGAAAUCUUCAAGCGUCCUCUCAUCCUGUCCUGUAGCCACAGCUUCUGUAAAGAGUGUCUGGAGAAGACCUGGAAAAAGACCACAUCUCGGGGCUGUCCACUUUGCAGGAGCAUAUCUUCGAUGGAAUUACCUAACCUGGCUUUGAAGAACUUGUGUGAGUCCUUCUUACAGAAGACUGAAAAGAGAACUCAUACGAGUCUGGAUGAAGUCUCAUUCCAGACUGGCCUAAAGCCCCUUGAGGAGAAGCUGAAGGACUAUAAGAAAAUUCAACAAAUCUGUGCUCAAACAACUAAACACAUUAAGAGCCAGGCCCGGAACACAGAGAGGCAGAUUGAGGAGGAGUUUGAGAAGCUUUACCAGUUUCUACGACAGGAAGAGAAGGCCAGGAUAGCCGCAGUGGGGGAGGAAGAGCAGCAGAAGAUUCAGAUGAUGAAGAAGAUUGAAGAGAUGACCAGGGGUACAUUAUCACUUUCAGACACAAUCAGAGAUAUAGAGGAACUGCGAACUGAAGACAUCUCAUUGGUGCAGAACUACAAGGCCAUGAUAUGCACACUGCCCAAUCCAAAGCUGCUCUCAGGAGCACUGAUAAAUGUAGCCAAACACCUGGGCAACCUGCAGUUCAGAGUCUGGGAGAAGAUGCAGGGAAUCGUCAAACAAACUCCCGUGAUUCUGGACCCCAACACUGCCGCCCCUUGGCUUUCUCUGUCUGACGAUCUGACCAGUGUGAGUCAAAAAUGGAAGCAGCAACCUAUGAACCUAGAACGGUUUGAGAAUUAUCAAAUUGUACUGGGCUCUGAAGGGUUCAGCUCAGGAAAGCACAGCUGGGAGGUGGAGGUGGGGGACCAUCCUCUCUGGGAUAUGGGUGUGGCCGAAGAGUCCAUCGAGAGGAAGAAAAAUCUGACCGUGUCACCAGAAUGUGGAAUCUGGGCUAUUUGGUUGAGGAACAGCAAGUACAUAGCAGGAGUAGGUGGGAUCCUCCCUCUGCAGAGGAGACCCCAGAGGAUCAAAGUGCAGCUGGACUAUGACAGUGGGGAGGUAUCUUUCUACGACUCCAAAUAUAUGACUCACAUCUACACUUACAAAGACAUUACAUUUAAAGAGAGGAUGUACCCAUACUGUAUGGUUGGACCCAGUAGUAAUGCCACCAACCCUAAUAUAAAGAUCUGCCAAUCAGAGGUGUCUCUGACAAUGUUAUCUCAGUGAGGUGUGUGUUUCUGUGUGUCUUUGUGUGUGUGAAUUAACUUUGAUAAUGAUGGUGAUUAUAUCUGGAAGAUGAAAUCAGAUGAGAGCUUAAUCUGUUCAUCUUUUUUAGUGUGUCAAGUGAAAUAAUGUGUGUGUGAUUGUAGUUUCUCACAAUAAAUGUCAACUGGUAUAAUUUCUACUCUUUUAAA